GUAUCACAUCUACAACGUCAACGAGAAGAAUCCCGGGUUCGACGAAUUUCGAGCUUGUUUCUACUCAGCACAAAUCAUCUGUGGCCUCGAACACCUACACCAGAAUCGGAUCAUCUACCGGGACCUGAAGCCAGAGAAUGUUCUGCUGGAUGAUGAUGGUCACGUGAGAAUAUCUGAUCUGGGACUGGCAACUGUGCUGAAGGAAGGCUGCAAUCAGACCAAGGGUUAUGCAGGUACACCAGGAUUCAUGGCACCCGAAAUGCUUAAAGGCGAAUCAUAUGACUUCUCCGUGGAUUACUUCACACUGGGCGUUACUCUGUACGAGAUGAUCACGGCCAAGGGGGCUUUCCGAAUGCGUGGAGAGAAGGUGGAUAACAAUGAAGUUAGCAGACGGAUCCUGAAUGACCCGGUGCAGUACCCGCAGACCUUCAGCGAGCAUUGCAAGACUCUGUGCGAGGCCUUGAUGGCCAAAGACGCUGCACAACGCCUCGGCUUUAAAGAUGGAAGCUGCUCGGAGGUGAAGAGCCAUCCGUUCUUUAAGAACCUCAACUGGGGGAGGCUGGAAGCUGGUCUUGUGGACGCACCGUUUGUCCCAAAUCCGAACAUCGUCUAUGCCAAGGACAUAGGUGACGUGGGUGCCUUCUCAACCAUCAAGGGCAUCGUAUUCACCAACAGCGAUCAGGAAUUUUAUCAGGAGUUCGCCUCUGGCAAAAUGCCCAUCCCAUGGCAAGAGGAGAUGAUAGAAACCGGCGUCUUCGAUGAGCUGAAUUCCUCGGGAGACAAAGGGUCAAUGCCGAGCGAUAAUGAGGAUGGGGUGCAGAGCAAGUCUGGGACCUGUGUCCUUCUCUGAGGCUCAGUU